CCCCGGCCGGGCUGGGGCCGGAGCGCGGAGCCCCGCGGGGGCGGGACCGGGGACCGGGGACCGGGACCGGGACGGCGGCAGCUCCGGGAGGAGCGAGGAGCGGGGUCCGCCUCUCCUCUGCGGGAAAGCCGGGCCCGGGGCUGAGCUCCUGAAGCCUGCAGCAUCCUCCCUCAAAUCAAGAUGACGACCGCUGCACCACUGAUCAAUAAUACUCAGUUCUCAGUAAAUGUGACCACAAAGUCUCAAGAACAAAGUCUCUAUCAAAGUUCUGGAGCAAUAGUUGCUGCCAUCGUAGUAGGAGUGAUCAUUAUUUUUACAGUGGUUCUGCUCAUAUUGAAAACAUAUAACAGACGCAUGAGAGUGAAGCGGGAGCUGGAACCCAAAAGCACCAAAACAGCAAUGCCGCCUGCUUUAGGGCAGAACAGCAACAGCCUGUCUCAGCAUCCUACAGUGACCUUCAUACCUGUGGAUAUCCACAUGCAGAACAGAUAACUGGGAACGCUCGUCCUCUCUGCGAGAGAAGAGAGGUGGAAUCCUUAUUUACAUGGACCUGAGACUCCUCAGCAAAGCGAUGCUGCAUUUGGAAUAGAUUGUCAUUGAUUCCGCUUUCUCUCUUUGGGAGGAAAAAUAAGGGCUGGACACUCUUUGUAUGACUGAAAUCAACCGGUGGAGGCAUACAAAUCAUCAGAAACGCAGGGAGCCUUUGUACAGGGCUCUGGGUAUGGAGAGUCCGGAAAAACCAAGCCCAUUCCUUGGAAGAAAAGAUGCACAUUUGUACUUUGUGGAGCUUUUGCUUACUCAGAGAGUCUUGAGUUUUUCUGUUUGGCAAUGACUGAUGAUAAACUGGCAGAAAAAUUUGGACAUGCAAGCUACAACUCAGGUUGAACCUGGGUUUGUUAUGAUUUAUGUGAAAUAGGUUUGUAGUCUAUUAUAUACAUGAUGGAUAGUACAGGAAGUAUCAAAAUUGUAUUUAUCUUUACUCAUCUUUCGUGUUUCUAAUGCCACAUAUGUAUGGUUUGAGAUAAAAUAGUUACUUUUUAUUUUCAAGUAUUUUUAAAAUAUUUCUAUAAACUUGGUAACCUAUCCAUUUCCAAAUGAACUCAAUGUCUAAGGGUUCUCACUCUCACACCAAGAACUGCUUUAGGUUCAUUACUGGAGGUGCAUUAUAAUGUUUUGUCUUAGACAAAAUCUGAGAAGUUCUUUAAUUGAAAAAGUAAGCGUGGAAAGGCAGUAUGAAGCCAGCAAGGCUUUACACAGUUACUAUGUACAACCCACAUCCUGAAAUGCUUUGUUCUCUAAGGCAGACUAGGCUUGGACUAUUUUUAGAUUUAUUUUUUUUCUAGCAAGUAACCAAAAUGGAUGUUGUUUUGCAAGUGUGAUGACUGUGGGUGUACAGUACUGCAACAAAGAAAUUCCCAAGGAUAUUCACAGCCCACUGAGUUCGAACACACAGCGGCAUUGUCAGACAUUCAGCGACUGAUUGUCUCAAGUGCGUGUAUCAAAGCAGCCCUGAAACACUGGCUGACAGGCCAGAUAGGAAGGAUUAGGAAGAAGUUGAGGAGUUAAACCCUGUUUUAAAUAGAAGUACAUGAGGCUCUGAGAAACGUCUCCACUUUUUGAUACAUCCAUCUUAAAUUUUAUGGAGCCGCUCACUUGAAUGGCUGGCCAGAGUGUGAAGUGGAAACAGCGGUAACAUCAUCCUCUGGAUUUAUUGUACUUUGGGUCUUGGAUUGAGACGCUGCCAGCGGUCAGCUCGCAGCUACUGUGGCCAUUACAGGGCUCCACCCGGUUUGUAGACCUUAGUAAAACUGUUAAUAGGGUGUUUUUGACUCCUUUUUUGGAGCUGUAGAGAAAGGAGUUGUUGUUGUCUAACUAACUUGACCACAGAGAGCCUCCAGCUUUAAAGCUUUUUGUCCUGCAGCAGUUGGUUCGGUUGCUGGUCUUCCCAAUACUGUCACAUGUCACCAGUAGUUACAUCCUUAAAUAAUGAAGCGCCAAAACAAAGCUGAACGAUUCUCAGAGUAAAGUGAUGAGGGGCUGGAGUGAUAAGUUGAUAUAUUUUUUCCAUGAUGUGAAUGCAUCUCUUGAACAGGUCAUUUUUACUGACUGGUAUUUUUGUGCAGAAACUAAAUUCAAUUACUUUGCAAUUUUUUUUUUUUUUUUGGUAUGAACUGGAGCACAGUUUGAAUUCCAGACUAAAUAUUAAGACAGCUGUUUUUGAAGUUUCUAAAUCUUAUUGUUAAUAUUUCACUUGUCCUAGUUCUCUAACUUAUUUUUUGUGGCAGGAAUGAUGGCUAUAAUAAUUCAGAAGGGACGGCAGGUGCCAAUUUAUUUUUUUUCUGAAAAUGUAAAGGAGUUGGCCUCCUGUUCCUGUCUCUAGACAGCUAAGAAUGUUCCACUGUAUCAAAAUCAAGAUCUUUAGAAAAGAUAAGCCCCAUUUUACUGUAUUUUUUAACAUUACCAACCAGACCUAUUUCUAGCAAAUUUUGUUCACUUUCAAUUUACAGAAUUUCAAAACAAUGAAGUUCACUUUGCUUCACUGAAGCAGAAUAAACAAUACUUCUAUAAGCAAUUCUAGAUUAGUAGAAUUACUGUUAUUGGCAGGAGAAUUACUGCUCACUAGCAUUGCUCAAUCUGAAAAAUUCAAAGUGUGCUGUUUUACCAGAAAAAUUUGCCUUCUGUUGGCACAGCCUGGGAGGCCCCCACAAUCCAUUCUGACUUCUGUCAGCAAAAUCCAGGGUUUAUGCUGACCAAGCGAAAUCACCUUAAGAAACAAAAAUCACUGUAUUUCCACUGCACUACUGCUGUAACACUCGUGUAAUUUGCUGUGGAUUUAACAGCUUUCUGGGAACAAUCCCCUGUUGUCCUUGUCCUAUAAUAGUAGCUGCUUCAGCGCUGAAUCGACCUGCCCUAAGCAUCUGGCUUCCACUUUCAAACCCCCAGCUUUUGGAAAAGCUCCCCUUUAGCUGCCUUUGUGUCCAGACUUGCCAUCAGGUAAAACUGUUGGUUAAAAAAAAAAAAAAACCCACAAGUGAAAGCUGAUAUUGCAAACUGGUCUAUUAAAGAAAUCCCAGAUCAUGUACGCCUUUGAGAGAAUAGGCAAAUGUAAGGGUAAUGCAUUAAUUGUGAUUCACACAAACUCCUUAGAGAUUAUCCACGAAGCUCUGCAAAUUAAUACACAGUUGAAUCCU